CGACGGCCGGGGCUCGGCGGCGGACCGGGCUGGGCGCGCGCCGGGAGAGGAGGAUGCGCCCCGCGUGAGCUUGGGGGACAAGAGAAUGUGGAUUGCGUCCUGCCUUGCCUCUUCUCCCAGCCACCUGCGGUGAGCUCUCACAUGCCAGAGGACGAGGGUGGAGGAGAGCAGCCACGUGAAGCUGGGGCGGUGUGGGUGAGCCAAAGGGCUUUUGACCAGUGAGCUGUGGCAACUGGGGGUCCUCACCACCCUGCAGCACAGACAACUGGCUCCUGCCAGGUAGAUGCCUUCAGGGGAGUGGACAACUCCAGCUGAACUGAUGAAUCUUGGCACCUGAUACAAGGCUCAGCUUCUGAUAUGAAGAAGGAUAUAGAGUCUUUAAUAGCCCAGGAAAAAGCAGAAAUCAUCGCCAAAUAUGAGAAGGGCAGACAGGAAGGAGCUCAGAUUGACCAGUGGGAAGAUGCUGAUUUCACACUCUACAAAGUUACAGACCGGUUUGGAUUCCUGCACGAGCAGGAGCUGCCAACCCGCACCGCCUUGGAGGAGAAGCAAAAACAGCAGGAAAUAGAACGUGUGGACAAGUGGCUUAAGAUGCUGAAGAAGUGGGGCAAAUACAGAAACAGUGACAAGAUGUGCCGGCGUGUGUACAAAGGGAUCCCGCUGCAGGUGCGAGGCCAGGUCUGGUCACUUCUGCUGGAUGUUGAGAAGAUGAAGAAGGAGAAUGAAGGAAAAUAUGAGCAAAUGAAAGAACAAGCAAAGAGCUUUUCAUCAGAAAUCAAGCAGAUAGAUUUGGAUGUUAACCGCACCUUCCGAAACCACAUCAUGUUUCGGGAUCGCUACGGAGUGAAGCAACAGGCACUCUUCCACAUCCUGUCAGCAUACUCGGUUUAUAACACUGAAGUGAGCUACUGCCAAGGGAUGAGCCAGAUUGCAGCCAUCCUCCUGAUGUACUUGAAUGAAGAGGAUGCAUUCUGGGCACUGGCACAGCUGCUCACCAACCAGCGCCACGCCAUGCACGGUUUUUUCAUUCCUGGGUUCCCGAAGCUGCAGAGGUUUCAAGCCCACCACGAGCAAAUUUUAAACAAACUGUUCCCCAAACUGAAGAAGCACAUGGACAAGGAGCAGAUGACCACCGGGAUUUACACAACCAAGUGGUUCCUGCAGUGUUUCAUUGACCGGACCCCAUUCACGCUGACCUUGCGGCUGUGGGAUAUCUACAUCCUGGAAGGGGAGCGGGUGCUGACAGCCAUGGCUUACACCAUCCUCAAACUGCACAAAAAGCGCUUGCUGAAGAUGACACUGGAAGAUUUACGUGAAUUUCUGCAGGAGAAAAUUGCUGCUUCCCUGCAGUACGAGGACGAUGCUGUCAUCGAGCAGCUGCAGGUGUCAAUGACUGAACUGCGCAAGAUGAAGUUUGAUCUGCCCCCACCAGCAAAGCCUGAGGAGUUUCCAAGGAAACCCCUGGGCCUGGAGCUCUCUCUCAACCCAGUAGCCAUAAAGGAAAACACAGCGGCCAAUGGCCAGAAUGGCCAGGUGGGUGAGCACACUCCAGACAGGGAGCCCCAUCCCCACAGAGUUCCUGGCACACCAGGAGGAAUGACAGUGGUGGAAGCAAGGAUUCUCACCUUCCAGGGUAGUGAAGCAGCUGAAGCAACGAACGUGCCUGUUUUGGGUGGGUGGCCACUGGAUGAGGAGGGUCAAGUGGAGCCCAUUGUGGACACGCAGCCAUCAUCUCUUCUGAAGGCAAGCAAGAUGCAGGCCCAGCAACACAUCCUGCCCACAGUCCUGCCUCCAGAGCAGCCUCUUCUUGCUCCUGGCUGUGCUGUGGUGGACCAUGGAGUCUCCCUCCAUGCCCCAGCUGAGUACAGCUCCUUAGACUCCUCUCUCCAAAACAGGCUGGCUCCUCCCGACUCCAGCACCGCUGAGCUUUCCGCUACGGACCAGGCAGUGUGGCAGCCAAAUGCCGCUGCCCUGCCAGCAGAACAGACAUCUUCCCUGAGCAGAGGCGCAGUGCUCGAAACAGCCCCCCAACCUCUGCCAGCCAGCUGCCGGCGGCUUUCCUGCACGUCACAGAGCGAUGGCUCCCCUGAGAGCAAGCACGGGGAGGAGGUGGCAGAUGACAGGCACUGCAGGGCAGUGCUGCCGGACAAAAUGGGCCUGAAGCACUCGGCAUCCAAAGCUGCAUCCACAGGAGAGCUCCUCAGCCUGCAGCACAAUGGGCUGGGCAGUGCCACCAGCACCAUGCGUUGGCCCGAGGCCGUAGGUGUGCAGCCUGCGCACAGGCAGGCGGGGGGCAGUGUGCCCAUCUUGUCCAGCAGAGAGCCGGAGGCAGCAGGGCUGGCUGAGGGCUGUCCUGCCCAGCGGGCACCAUCCCCUGUGGUGGAAGGGACUAGCCCCUAUGUCGUUAUCAAAAGCACGACUCCCCUCCACCUGGCCCAUGCGACAGAGCAGGACUUCUUGAACAGAAAGCAGGUGGCAUUGCCUCUGUCAGAGACUGGACAUCCUCUGCCUACCACCUCCAUGCCACCACCUCUUAUGCCAGACCCAGAGGAGGUAGAGGUCCAGAAAAGCCUCCAGAAACCAUUAAAUGCACUGAAAGCCCCACGGCCCCCGCUGAGCCCCAAACCAAAAUUUCUGUUGCAGGUUGCCAAAUCCCGCUCAGAGAACAGUUUCCUUUUAGGCUCUCCUUCCUUGGCAAAGCUGCCCAAAUCGGUGACGUUCUAGUGGGGAUGGGGAAGGGGAAGUUAAGGGAGAAGAAGUGGGUUCUGGAGAAGGACCCUUGCCCCAUUUACAGGAUCCCCUUCUGUCAGCAGGGCUGUCGGGGUGACAGCACAGCACCAUUGCACGUCAAGCUGUGCUUUGGUACGAGCGCCCAGUGAGGAGACGAAGCGGUGGCCACCAGCGCUAGGAGAUACCAGCAGAUUGGAUUUGUGUGUUUCCUAUGGACAAAUUGGAAAAUGCUUUCAUUUUUUGUUCCUCAAAACUCCCCAGGUCUCAUCACUUGGGGAAAGAGGCAGGGCUGGUGAGUUUGUUGCGUGUUUUCUCCUGCUCCUGUCUGCCGUGGGAACCCACAACCAAGCAAGCGGGCCCAAGGUGUCAGAAUCCAAAAUGCUUUCUUUACAAUGCCCCAUCGGUGUAGCUACAGCAUUGCUUUCAAAGGCCUUUGUAGCAAUAGAUCUUUAUUUCAUUCCCAGACCUGCAGUUGUAGGCAGCAGAAUUUCCAGGCAGUGCCAUGGCAUCCUGGCAGGACACCAGCAGCCUGUUGCCCCCUCUAUGCAAUUCCACAAAGCAGUGCCUGGCUGUAUCUGGCUCCUGCUGGCAUGGUGGAUGGUGUUUAGGACAGAUUUAACAGCUGCUGAGUCCCUUGGACAUCUCCUUGGUGUCACCCUGGUGGGGGACUGCCAGCCCAGGUUCUCAGGGUGACAAGGACAGUGAUGAAGACCAGCCUGGUCUCUUGGGCUGGGUGCCCUCUCUGCUGGCCUUUCCUUCCCAGGGCUAGUGCAGCGAGCAGGCUUGCGGCCUUUCUGUUCCCCAAACAGGAAAAGGGGCUGCUGGCUCAGGAAACCUGCCUGCACUACCAAGCUGUUGGACGUGUGAUGGCAUCUAAUCACAGAGUCCCAGAUAAGUCUACUUUUGCUUUGAGUAAGUUAAGUGUCAAGAGUAGAAAGGACAUAGGAAUUGGGGAAGGGGGAGCACGUUGCCCAGAACCUGAUCUUAGCCCUUCUGGUUGAGCCCACAGAGAAUUAAAAACAGGAAGGAAACUUGGACAUGAUGGGUGCCCACAUGCCCGCUUGCCCUUCACGCACCAAGUCCUAGAGGUCUGUCCAUCUCCUCCCCAUCCCAAGGUUCUGCACUGCCCAGGCCAUUGGCUGGAAAUGUGCAGGGAUCUGGGGAGACACCCAUAGAAAGAGCUGGUCCAAAAUUUUGGUUACAGCAUCUACUUCAUCCCUAGAGGUGAAGGGACUUCAUCAGGAAGCCAGAUCAGUGAAAAAGCAGGAAGUAGUCCAGAUAUGCUGGAUUUGACUUUGCUGUCCAGAAGGGGUAGCUGCAAGUGCCACCUUAGGUGGCAAGAGGGAUUCCCAUUCCUUCAACAGAGAUCCUGAGCAAAACUCCUUUAAGUUCUAAGGAGCCUUUGAAAACUAUUUUUUUUAUCUCACAGGCUGCUUCAAUUGCCUACCUGAAAGCCCAGCAGAAAACUUCCACUAAAUUAGUUUGUGGGUUCCAGGAGAUGGACUUGAUAAUCCUGGGGGAUCCCUUCCAGCUCAGCAUAUUCUAUGGUUCUAUGAUUUAUCAGGGUUUAUUUUGCCUUGUGUAUGUGUGGUAGUUUGUUUGCAGCAGGGAGUGUCAAAGGGAGCACUGGAUUUCUGUUUGGAUGUAGCCAGCCAGACCACAGCACCCUCAGCUUUCAAUUGGAACCCCAGCUCUGUCCCAGGCCCCAUCUUCCACUGAGCCUCCAACCUUGCCCAUCCUCUCCCUCUGCAGAGCAGGGAUAACCCUAUUAGCUACCUCACAGGGGUGUUGUGAGGAGUCAAGCAUUGCUGUUUGAGGAAGAGUGCUCUUUGAAUGUUCAGUAUUUGUGUUUUGAGACACCACAGGUCCUUUCUAGGACAAUAGGGCUUGAAUUGUUUUCAGUUUAGAGUAUGUUUUUUCAUAACUGUGCAUAGUUAAACAUUAUUUGUGUGUUAAAAUACCUGAGCAGUAUUUCAGGAUAGAUAUCCACUGCCUUUUGCUAGCAGCCCACUGUCCACAGGAGCUCACUGGGAAGCAACAAGAAGCAUCUGAGAGCUGCUGGUCACAUCUUGACUUGGCUUCUGUCAGAGCUUGGGGCUCUGUCCUCUCCUUGAAGCCCACAUAGGACUCCUUCUAAUUCAGCUGAGCAUCACGUAUGCAAGAGCUGAGACCUCUUUCCCCUUGUUUUAAUCCAUUUUUCUUUAUUUCAGGCACACAGCCUUUGCACAUCAUGUUGCUUGUGCACCCAGACUCCUCACACAGUGUAUCUGGGAUGGUUUGCGGUAUUAACAUUUAAAAAGGUGGAGAGCUGUCAAAUCCACAGUACUCAUUGCAUGGCAUUUGGUGCAUGAUGUUCAACAUUAAUUUUGACGGGGAAAGGGGUGGGGGUUGUCCUUCCCUCCAGGCCCUAACGGGAAUGAGCAGCAAGGUCCUCAGUCAUCUUCAGGCCUGGGGGAACCACCAGCAACAUGCAUUGCUGUCCUUGGUGUGAUGCUCUCAUUGGAACACAUCAAUGCAUGAUCCCCAGGGAGAUGCCCACUCUUGUCUCCUCCUCUGCCUCUUGCUGCAGACAGAACUGCAGCCAUGGUGGGUCUGUGGCAGCAAGGCCUGGCCCAGCCUCAGCUCUUUUGAUGGGAAUAGGAAGGGAAGGAGAAGGAUGAGGGUGGCAGUUCAGCAGGACGAAUUACCUAACCAAGCCACUUGCAGCCCUGCCCAGCCCCCUGCAACAGUCUCAACCCCUCAGCAAAAACCACUCUUACUGUGAGCAAACAUGGGAAAGCAGCUCCCCCCAUCCUUGCUCUUGCAGCCCUGAGACAAUGCUGGCCCUGCUGCCUUCCAUGUAAAGACCAAUGCUGUGGGUUUGGGUUUUUUUAGGUUUAGUUUGUUUUUCUUUGUGUUGUUUGUGAUAGAGCACUCUGAGUGGCUGCAGCACUGACAGACAGCAUGAGCCAUGGGACCCAGCUCCAGCAAGGGCCAGAGGUUGAGGUUAGGGUUUCUUGACCAUGCACUUUGAGAGCUGGCUACUGUCUGCUUUCCUUUUUAUUUGCUAUUCUUGUUUACAGCGUGGAAUGCUUCUUCCAUGACUCUUUCUAAUGUAUUAUAAUUAUUACUUUUAAGAAAAAAACAUUUUUAUGUCUGCUUUUUUGUUUGUUCAGUUUGGUUUUUUUAGAGGAAGGGUUUUUUUGGAAAAAAAAGUCAAUCAUUCCUUUUUAUGCUGAUCCAAAUUGUCCAGAGUGUUUGAUGCUGUGUUCUACAUGGUUGUAGUAAUAAUGGUUAAAGAAGUUUAGCAUAAAUUCAGACUCCACAAGGUUUCUUACAGGAACAGAAGCUGCACCAAGACUGGUUGCCUUCUCCUGAUGACUUUUAGCUUGGUUCACUGGGUAUGUUUCAACUGCAACAGGUCCAUCCUGCUCCAUCUCUGCUUUCCUCGCUGCUUUUUCUACUGUAAUUAAAUCCAGGCAGCCCCAGCAGCAGUGGAAAGAAAAAUGCUUUUUUCUACUUCCCACUGUCCUCUCCCAGCUGAGCAAAGGGCAGCAUCCCUUCUGACACACAGCUGCUGAUCAGCAGCACUGCUGAAGCUUAUUUUUUGGCCAAGAUUUUGUGUUUGGAGUUUGUUUUCCUGCCUGUAGGCAGUGUAGGGAGGGUUGGAUGGGAGGGGGAGCGGGUGGACACAGCUCCUCACUCAGCAGGUGGGUGGGUGGGUGCGACUCACACUAGUGAGUCAGGGCUGAGCUGAGUCACCUUUACAGCAGCUACUGGGAGUGUAAGGUGGUGCUGCUGACAGCUGAAGAUGCCUUUUAAAAAGCUGUGUGUGAGCAGUACCUCUGACACACCCCAGAUUUCAUAGCCAGGGCUUCCUGGGCUUAGAUGACAAUGGUACUGUUGCCUUUGAGGUGUUAAGUGUGAGCAGUGUUCUGGCUCGCCUGAGAGAAAGCUGCCAGUUGGUGUUAAGCAGCAUGUUUAUGGUAAACACAAGGCAUCUGUCUCUGCCAGAGUAGCACAAAGACUGACAGCAGAUGGCAGGGUCAGAAGUAGCUAAAUGGCACCCUAGGAUUUAAGAGCAGUGCCUGAAAUUGGCAUCCCCAUGUUUAUUACCCACUGAGUGCUGUAGGCUGGUUUUCCUGCUUCUAUUACUGCCCUGCCACACCUAAGACGUCAAACAGAAACAAAAAUUGUUCUCCAGUGGCCUUAAAUUAGCUCAUUUAUAUUAACUGGUUAAAACCUGGUCUGAAACACCACAGAAGAAAAAAAAAAAAAGCCCCAGCACCACUGAACACCACAGUGUUUACUGUUACAGAAGCAGCCUGAGGAUGCAGCUCUUGGCACACCUCCUGUGCCAUUUCACACUGGAUGCCAGCACAGAGAUGCAGCACUGUGACCAGGGGUGAGAUCCCCACCCAGGCUGGAGUGAAGCAAACCUGAUCCCUCCUGUGUUCCAGGUGCUCACAAGCAGCCUCAUUGCACAAGCUGAUUUGUGUCACCUCCUGGCCACCAGCUCCCGUGAAACCUGUUGGCUCUCAGGCAGUACCAGGUGGGACCAGGUUUGAACAUCUGCCACGUUUGCUUACGUGACAGGCAGUGCAGGGUUUAGAUAUGGCAUUUAUCCAACUGCUAAAACAGCAUUCCUGUCAAAGAGAGAGCAGAAGUGUCCAGAAGGGCAGCUUCCCCAAGGGAAGGUGAGUUGUACUAGGUUUCAGGGUUGUGUUCCUCCAUUAAACAGCCUUGGUUCACUUGGUUGUUGAAAAAAAAAAAAAAAAAAGAGUAAGAUGCUGCUUUUUGGUAUGCUUGAUCCCCAGGCUCCCUGCAUUUGCCCGGUUGUGGCCUUGUGGCUGUGGUGCUCUCAUCCUGCAGGGACCAGGGACAGGCAUGGCUCCACCACCUCCUCUGACAGCAUCCCUCCAGCUAAUGCAGGAGCCACAGAGGUACCCAGCCUUUAACUGGUGCUUGAUGGGGCUCCCAGGUAUGGUUUUGGGGUGCCAAGCUCCCACUGCAGAAUCCUUCCCAGGGGGAGGAGACCACACCCUGGGACUUAACAACAGGUAAGCCUAAGCCCUUCCCUCUCUUACCAGAGCAGUGUAAGACUUCAGGGUGAACAUAAGCCAUGCCUGGUAUCCAGCUUGAACUGAAUGCCUGGCCUCCAGCUGCUGCCAGGAGCACCAGGUCAUGGCAUGUUCCCUGCAGCAGGGAGGUGUCAGCACAGGAGGCACUCAUGUCCCUGAGGUACCCUGAUAGGAGGGUGCAGAGCCCCUGUGUCAUUCCAGCAGUACCCCUUGCCCCCUCCUGUGCCCCCCAGGGCCUGAGUGCUGCUCACAGGGGACAAAAGUAGGAUAAUCCUAAAGCCCAAGGUUACAGAUACCCAUUUGAUGGACAGCAUUGGGACCAGCAGCAAAUGAAUGUCAUAGAUGGUGUUGAGGCUGCUGCUUAAAUGCUAGUGGUCUUACCAGCUGGGGACUGGUCCUCCCCCUACCUCUGUGCACUUGGUAUUUGCCAGUAUUAUUAUCCCCCUUUUCCUGUCAUCACAGCAGCUCUCCAGCUCCCAGAGCUGGUCCCCGAGGCAGAAUUGCAAACUCCCCAAGCUGUGCUCAGCUCUGGGGCCCUGGCAGCCCCCUGUGGCUCCUGCCCUUCCUGGCUCAGGAACAGUCAGACUGGCAGCCCCAGGAGCUGGGACAGGCAGGAGACCGGGUCUGUCCUCGCUGCUCACUGGCUCUCUGCCAAGCCCCAGCUGUGCUCAUCACCAUCCCUGCCCACCUCCCACCACAUAGAAAGCUCAUCAACUGCUGUGUGCCUCCACAAGGCUUCAGCCAGUUGGUACUGAAUAAUUGAUGCUAAGUGGAGCCUGGAGCAGAGAAACUGAGGGAGGGAGCAAGGCUUUGUGCUGCUUUAGGCUCUGCUCCCAGGAUAUAGCAGGGAGAGAGAGAUGGGUGUGCUGUGUCUGGCAGCUUUGUGCCCCAGACAGUUUGGCAGAGGCAGUUGGAGUUUGGCUGGGCCUGGGAGUGUUCCUCCUCUUGGGCUUGCUGUGCUGCUCACCUGCUGCUGUGUCCUACUGCCAUGGCGGUGCUACUGUGGCACCUGUGGGAGCUGCACGCUGCUAUUGUGCUCCUUGUGUGCUGCAGAGGCGCCAUGGCAGCAGUGGAUGGGACUUGGGGAGCAGAGCAAGGGCACCCCCAGUCCCAGCAGCCCUUGCUAGGGCUGGUACCAUGGCUCUCCUAAGCUACAGACCCUGUACUCAACCCACAGCAAGAGCAAAGUUGUUGCAUAUAGGGCCAAGCCCAUCUGCCUUUUCCCCUUCCCACCAGUUGCUGGUGGCCAGGAUGGUGGCUGUCACACCAUCCUCUGAGCAAUGUCACCCCUUCCUACAGCACAUCCCCAAGGAUAAAGCAGUGUAUUGAGGAAAUAACAGCCUGGCAGUUUAAAGAGGCAGGUCUGACCGCUUCCCAAACCAUCUCCCAAAUCCUACUGCCUAAGCGGCUGAGGAGGCCCACAUGGCAUACACCAGCAUCCUCUUCACCUAGAAGGAUGUGGACACCAGGAGACAAUCAAACCACAGCUGAAACAUCUCACCAGGAGAUGAAGCAGGCGGACCCAUCCCACGAGCAUCCUUACUCACUGGCAGCAGUUACAAAAGAGACCAAGAUGGAGAUGGAGAAGGCUUAGAAGGCAUACAUGAAGACAUGAGUCCAAGGGAUUGGAGUCACUAAAGCCUGGCUAUUCCUUCCACACAGUAAAACAGGCUCCUCCUAAGACACACAGAAAAGUAAACUAACUUCCAAUUUUAUCCAAAACUGGUAUGAGCUCCCUCAGAGGUACCUGUGGCUACACAGGAUGCAAUAUCACAAGCCCCUCUUCCAGCCAUCCCAUUAAGAGCCUGGGUGACUCUGGUGCCCUGGAGGCCAUUCAGCUUGGCCUCACAUAGAGCCCUGCUCCUGGAAUAUCUAAGCCUACAGACUUAGAUAACCUCAGGCUUGGGGAAGCUGCUUCUUGAAUGGUUUUGCUUACCUCUAUGGUGAAGGCAAGAAGUGAUACAGAAGUACUGCUUAGGCUGGAAAGGUUUGCAGCAGUGGCUGUAGUCCAGAAGGGAAACCUGGUCUGCUCCUCUACCCAAUCACGCUGCAGGUGAGGAGGAUGAGGCCAGCAUUUAGCCAAAGGUGCUCUGUAAUACUCAACCUUUCAUUCAGCUGCCCCCACCACCACCCUCACAUCUCAGGUCUCACUCCAGCACUGAGUCAUUGCUGCCAGCUCCUGCACAACCCAGGUCUUUGCCAAAGCCCUUGGCAAACACAAUGCACUCACCUGCUUUGAAGUCACCCUCUCUGCUGGUUUAGGAGAAUGCUCCUGUGGAAGCCCUCACAGACCAAAAGGCAUGAGAUCUGUUCCAGCACUUGAUCAGCAUCUUUAAGGACUUGUAAGCAAUUCUGGCAGUUGACUCAGCUGUGAUGUCUCUGGAGCCCCAACCCCUCUGUAACAGGGUGUGGGGCACUUGAAUGAUGUGAGAGAAGAACAUGUAUUAUAUAUCUGUCCUGAGACAUCUGGACCUGACCGGACUAGAACAGACCUCGUCAGCUAUUUUGUAAUUUAAGUAUGGGUUCAAAGGUGACACUCCUCCAUCAUGGGCUAUGCAGUUUCAACAUAAUCAGUAGGAUGCUGACUGAAGCCUUCUCAGAGCUGGUUUUCACGCUGGCUGGAAAUCCACAGCACAGCACAAGUUUAGUUCAGCUUUGCCAUGGCCAGUUGAAGAGAUCACAAUAGCCAAAAAUUAACUAUGUACUCAAAUACAGCAAAAAGCUCACCUCUCUGGACUCUUUUCCAGCUUCAGCUGUGCAACAGGAAUAAUCAAAAUACAUUCUGCUUGCCUGAGCUCAUGCCUCUGAAGCAGAACUGAGGUACACAACAAACUCCUUAUCAUAAGGGAAACAACUGCAGUGUCCGAAAACUUCAUCUUCCAGUCCAGGUACCUCUAGAACAAAUGUGCCUUGAAUAACUAUGGGGAAAAUCAACUCCAAACCCCUGAAUUUCUUCUCCAAACCUACAUUCAUUUCAGUGAAACUGUGAUCUUGGUAUUACUUUCAGACUCGUGAAGUUCAGCUAGCACAUCAGAACACAUCGUGAGCUCAUGUACCGACCUCCUGCCUGUCAGGGGCCAGCAAGAUGAUGUCCUGUCCCCAAAUCAUCAGCACCAAGGCAGCAAGUGAAAAAGCCAAGUCAAGAGUAACAACUCCACCUGAGAGAAGUGAUACAAUCUGUAUUUUGCCAACAGCAAAGAUCAGACCAAAUCACAGCUGAUGUAUCUUGAUCUGUCGUAAUUUUUCUCCUGGAACAAAGAUGUAGUACGACAAUACACUAUUAAUACGUGGUUUUUGGAGAAGAUGUAUGGUAUCAAGCUU